GUGGGCUGACACAUGUCCUCUCGCAUAGGUUCGCGUGCCGCGACCAGUUGAAGUUUUUGUGAAGAGAUCGAAUCCAAACUGUCACAAAAUGUCCAUCUUGGGAGAAAAAAAUCUCAACAUUGUGAACAAGGAGAACAGCGUCAAAAACAACCGAAUCCAGAACAGCAACAUCAUCGAGAAGGAUGAGAACAAAGCUCACCGCAAUGAGAGCAGCGAGGUCGCAAUCAAGAAGAAAACCUACGUUGAGUCGGAACCUCUGCUCCGAGAGAACCCUAAUCGAUUCGUGCUGUUCCCGAUCGAAUAUCCGGAUAUCUGGAGAAUGUACAAGAAAGCUCAGGCUUCGUUCUGGACAGCCGAGGAAGUUGAUCUCGGGAAGGAUAUGGCAGACUGGCACAAAAUGAGCUCUCAGGAACAAGAGUUCAUCAAGCACAUCUUGGCUUUUUUCGCAGCAUCGGAUGGAAUUGUCAAUGAAAAUCUCGUCGAGAGGUUUUCACAAGAGGUUCAGGUCACGGAAGCUCGCUGCUUCUACGGCUUCCAAGUCAUGAUGGAGAACAUUCAUUCGGAAAUGUACUCGUUGCUGCUCAAUACCUACAUCACGGAUCCGAUGGAACGUGAUCAUCUAUUCAGGGCCAUCGAGACCAUGCCAUGCAUCAAGAAGAAAGCUGAUUGGGCCCUGAAUUGGAUCGGGAAUCAGAAUGCUACCUACGGAGAACGUGUCGUGGCGUUCGCGGCGGUCGAAGGGAUUUUCUUCAGUGGAGCGUUCGCUUCGAUAUUCUGGCUCAAGAAACGCGGUCUGAUGCCCGGAUUGACUUUCAGUAACGAGCUAAUUUCGAGAGACGAGGGCCUCCAUACCGAUUUCGCUUGCCUUAUGUUCAGACACUUAGUCCAGAAACCGUCCGUAGAGCGGAUCUAUGAGAUCAUCCGCAACGCCGUUGCGAUCGAGCAGGAGUUCCUCACCGAAGCUUUACCGUGCGCGAUGCUCGGUAUGAAUUGUGAUCUCAUGAAACAAUACAUAGAAUUUGUCGCCGAUCGACUGUUGGUUGAGCUCGAGUGCGACAAGUUGUGGAACAGUCAGAAUCCAUUUGAUUUCAUGGAGCAAAUCUCGUUGGAGGGGAAGACGAACUUCUUCGAGAAACGCGUCGGCGAGUACCAGAAAGCCGGAGUAAUGGCCAACAAAGAAGAUCAAAUCUUCAAGACGGACUUUGAUUUUUGAUCUCACUCACACUAGGCAGGCCGCAGAGUUACAGAAUCGACCAUUCCCGGAGCUGAUCCGAUCCCAAAUUGUUCGAUUUCGCUUUUUACGUUCGUUUUUCGUGAGGUUAUAAACGAAAAAGUUUGAGCCAUAAGGAUUGUGUUGUCUCUCUCCGCUAGUCCAAUUUUCGGACCAAUGCCGUGGCAACUUUUGCCAUUCGCUCGGGUUAUUCUUGCCGUUUCGUCCCUGAAAUUCGAGGCGACUUCUCGCCCCGCAUGUUCAUUUUCUAGAGCGAAAAAGUCUAAACUCUGGGAUUUUUGAAAUGUUUUAUUAAAUAUAUCGUCAUCAUCAAUAAAU